AUGAUAAACUUUCAAGGAUCUUCAAACACCAUCUCAAACUUGUUCUUUGUUUGUGUCCUUCUUUUGCCAACCCUGGCCUUAGGGGAUUGCACAUGUGACAUAGAUGAGGCCAAAAAGAGUAACUCAAGUGAAGUGCUCCACUACAAACUUGGCUCAAUUGCUUCUGUGCUUGUUGCUGGGGCUCUUGGAGUGAGUCUCCCAUUGCUGAGCAAGAGAAUCCCUACUCUUAAUCCCAAGAAUGACAUAUUCUUCAUGGUUAAGGCCUUUGCUGCAGGGGUGAUUCUUGCAACUGGGUUUGUCCACAUACUUCCUGAUGCAUAUAAAAGCUUGACUUCACCUUGCCUUAAGGAAAAUCCAUGGGGCAAGUUUCCCUUCACUGGAUUUGUUGCCAUGAUGUCCUCAAUAGGGACCUUAAUGGUGGACUCAUUUGCCACAGGGUUCUACCAUAGGCAACAUUUUAAUCCCUCAAAGCAGGUUCCUGCUGUUGAUGAGGAAAUGGGAGAUGAACAUGCUGGUCACAUCCAUGUUCACACUCAUGCCACACAUGGCCAUGCUCAUGGAUCAGCUGUGUCAUCUGAGGACUCAGAAACAUCUGAAGUAAUUAGACAGCGCAUCAUAUCACAAGUAUUGGAAAUAGGAAUUGUGGUCCAUUCAGUGAUUAUUGGAAUAUCAUUGGGAACUGCUGGAAGCAUUGAUACCAUUAAGCCACUCCUGGUGGCUCUCUCUUUCCAUCAAUUUUUUGAGGGGAUGGGUCUUGGUGGUUGCAUAUCUCAGGCAAAGUUUGAGUCCAAGUCUACAGCAAUUAUGGCAACUUUUUUCUCCCUAACAACCCCAAUUGGUAUAGCAAUUGGGAUGGGAGUGUCAAGUGUUUACAAAGAGAAUAGUCCUACUGCUUUAACUGUUGAAGGGAUUUUCAAUUCUGCUUCUGCUGGGAUUUUGAUUUACAUGGCACUGGUUGAUCUUCUAGCAGCAGAUUUUAUGAACCCAAGAUUGCAGAAAAAUUUGAAGCUCCAACUAGGGGCACAUGUAUCCCUUCUUUUAGGUUCAGGUUGCAUGUCUCUAUUGGCCAAAUGGGCUUAG